AUGGCGUCCCCUCACGCCGGCUCGCCCGACACGGCGUCGAUCGAGAAGCGCGAUGAGGCCAAGCUCGAGGGCGGCUACGGCAUCGCCCCCGUCCUCACCUCGGGUCAGCUUUCGAUGGCGCACGACGUCGCGACCACCGUCGCCGACGACCACGAGACAAAGCGGAUCGUACGCAAGAUGGACUGGCAUGUACUGCCCAUCUGUUCCGUUCUCUACCUGUUCAGCUUCCUCGACCGCUCCGCCAUCGGAAACGCGCGCACCCUCGGUAUGAACGCAGAACUCAAGCUGACUGCAUCCCAAUAUGCAGCAGCACUCUCCAUCUUCUUCCUCCUAUACGGUCUCCUCGAGGUUCCAAGCAAUAUCUGUCUCAAACGCUACGGAGCGAAGCUCUGGCUGCCCGCGAUCGUAAUUUGCUGGGGCAUCAUCAUGCUCUGCACCGGGUUUGCGUCCGGAUUCGUCUCUCUGUUCGUUCUGAGGCUUCUGUUGGGCGGAUUCGAGGCAGGACUGUUCCCCGGCGUCAGUUAUCUUCUCACCGUUCUCUAUCCUCGCAAAAACAUCCAAUUACGCGUCGGGAUCUUCUUCUCUGCGGCCACAAUCGCUGGCGCAUUCGGAGGAGCGCUUGCCGCCGGAUUCGCGAAGGUUACAACCUCUCAACUUCAAGGAUGGUCGUUCAUCUUCAUCUUCGAGGGCUUGUUGACCAUCCUCGUAGGGGUCGUCGCGUACUUUGUACUUUUCGACGACGUCAGCAAGGCCAAGUUCCUCUCGACAAACGAGAAGGUCUAUUACGAGGAACGGAUUCGGUUUGACGGCUCAGACAUCCCAAUGAACGACGAGUUCCGGUGGUCCUUCGUCAAGGCGGCCUUUACGGACUGGAAGACGCUCUUUUCGCUGGUGACCUACGUGUCUACCAUCGUCCCCCUUUAUUCUAUCGCGCUCACGUUGCCCGCGAUCCUCAAGACGACGCUCAAGUACCCCGCGAUCGAGAGCAACCUCCUCACCGUGCCGGUCUACACGUUCGCAGCAAUGAUCGUCAUCCUCUUCGCCUUCCUCUCCGACAAGUACCAGAACCGAGCGUUCUUUGUGAUCCUCGGUAACAUCAUGUCGGUGAUUGGCUGGACGAUCUCUCACAUAUACCUGGUCAAGAGCCCAUGGGUUGCCUACGGAGGUCUUUUCAUCGGGGCAGCCGGCGCCUACGGUGGAUUCCCCGGUGUCAUCGCCGCGCUUACUCAGAACCUCGGCGGCAAGACGAAGCGCUCGGUCUCGAUCGCGAUCAACGUCGGCGUCGGCGGCUUCGGCGGUCUCGUGUCGAGCAACAUCUUCUUCCCCCACGAGUCGCCCCAGUACCCGACGGGCCACUACAUCAACAUCGGCCUCGCCUCGCUCGGUGCCGUCUCGGCGCUCUGCAACGUCGGACUCAUCUACCUGGCCAACCAGGCCAAGCAGCGCAAGAUCGACUCGGGCGAGGCCGCCCGCCUGACCAAGGACGAGAUUUCGGACAUGGGCGACGAGUCGCCCUACUUCAAGUACCGCUACUGA